GCCAGAGCCAGCAAGCAGUACACAAAAGCCUCUGACGCUAAACGCAAGUGAAGAUGAAGAUGAAGCUGCCGCGGAUUACCUGGACGUGGCUGGGAGUGCUGCUGCUGCUGCUAGGCCACUGGCACUGCGGCGAGUGCGAUGCGGAAGCGGAAGCGGAAACUGCGUUGGACUGGGAACUGGGCAACUGCCAGCGGCAGAUGGAGAACGAGAUGGACACCACGGAGGCGGCCUGCGACAACUUUCACCAGUACGCGUGUGGCAAUUGGCAUGCGAACAGCUCCCAGAGGGCCUUUGGCGCCCACGACAUGCGCACCAAGUGGGCGGCGGGGCACAAGCAGCGUCUGGUGCGCCACUUCGAGGGACUGCCGCCGACAGCGGAGCCGGAUCAGCUGGCCACGUUCUACGGCAGCUGCAUGUCCGACCAGCAGAGCCUGCACGUCUACACAGAGGCCUUGGAGCGCAGGGGCUACUGGCCGCUGGUCAGCAAUGCCUCGGCCUCCUUUGACUGGGUGGCAACGAGCGCCGGGUUGCGUCGCUUCGGAGCGCAGAGCCUGUGGCGCCUGCUGGUGCAACCCAACUGGCAGGCGGCGGACCAGAGCAUCUUCUACCUGCUGCCGCCCGACUUCGCGCUGCUCGGCAGCAACUCGAUGAGCGAGUUCCUGUACCAGCGCUACCUCAAGAGCCUGCUGCUGGAGCUGGGGGUGCGGGUGCGACGCGCGGCCGCCCUGGCCGAGCGGCUGGUGGAGUUCGAGCGGGAGCUGCGCCAGCUGCUGCCCGCGGAGCAGACCCUGGUGCUGCGCGAACCGCAGCCCCUCAGCCAGCUGGUCCAGCAGCUGCCCCAGCUGCAGCUGCGGCGCUACUUUGAUCUGCUGCUCCAGGGACUGCCGUCGGGCGACACGGACAAGCUGCUGGUGGUGGCCGACCAGGAGUACCUGGGCCGCUUGCAGCGGCUGCUGCAGCGCACAGACGGCGCGGAUCCGCUGGUGCUCUCCACCUGGCUGCUCCUCCAGCUGCCCGCCCACUUUGAGCUGCACCUGCACGACGACGACAAGCUGGUCGUGCGGCAACGUCACUGCCUCGAGCAGCUCAGUCAGCUGCUGCCUCGCCAGCUCGCCCAGCUGCAUAUCCGCCUCGUGCUGGGCGACGAUCCCGCGGUCUACGAGGGGCUGGUGCUGCGUGUCCAGCGGCUCUUCCGCCGCCUCCAGCAGCAGUUCGAGCGCCAGCUGAACGAGACGGACGUGUUCGAGGCGGACCGGAGCACCCAGACGCUGGCCAUACAGAAGCUGCGCGACAUGCGGCUGCUCCUCCCCAAAACAGUGGCGGAGGCACAGCCCCAAAGCGGCGCCCAGCCGCUGAGCAGCAACUACGACGAGAACCUGCUGCAGCUGUCACAUAAUCGGGCCCUGGCCGAGUUCCGCAAGGUGAUCGACUGCCAGGAGCAGGCCUGCGACGGUUCUCCGCCCGUGGAGGGCCUCGGCCUCGGUCUGGAUCCCUUGUCCGUGAACGCCUACUAUCGCCUGAGGCAGAACGCCGUUGAGCUGCCAUUGGGGCUGCUGACCACGCCGUCGGUGAUGCCGUGGUGCGUCAAUACGACGGACCUGGUGGCUCGACAGGCCGGCGCCAUGGGCUCCAUUCUGGGCCACGAAAUGAUGCACGCCCUCGACUAUGACGGCAUCAACUACGAUGCCAGCGGACAGCUGGCCAACGGCCAGUGGCCACCGCGGGCCAUCAUACGGUUCGGGCUGCGUGCCGGCUGCUACUUGGGCGCCCGCUACAGCAACGCCACCCUCACCAUCAACGAGAACAUGGCGGACACCGAGGGGCUGCGACUGGCCUUUGAGGGUUACCGCCUGCAGCGCGCGAAUCGAGGUGUCACCGAUCCCAGGGGCCUGAAGACCUUCUUUGUCGCCUUUGCCCAGAACUGGUGUGGCAGUGCAGCGUCCCCAUUGGGGGCUGCUGGUGCUGGUGCCGGGCAGCAUGCGACACACGCGGAGCGGGUCAACAAUGUGCUGGGAAACUUUCCCGAGUUUCUCGAAGUGUUUCAGUGCAAGGCAGGCAGUCGAAUGAGUUCGCCGGACAAGUGUCGCAUUUGGUGAGGCUGAGGCCCAUCGAAGCGAAUUUUAAAUCGAUUCAUCUCCAUUUCUUGUGCAUUAAUAUCCCCACUUUGCCAUGCCCUCUUUGGUUUUGAAUCAAUAAAUGUUAAUCGUU